AUGUCCUCUUCUUCAUCAAGAAACGCCUUUGAGGAUGGCAAAUACAAAACAGAUCUCUUAACAAUAAACUCAUCACCUCGCUGCUGCAAAUCAACCCCGUCUUCUUCUCCAUCUCCGCCGAAGCAGCUGUUGGUGGCGACACCGGUGGAUGAAGGAGAAUAUCCGGUGGUGAUGCUCCUCCAUGGUUACCUUCUCUACAACUCCUUUUAUUCGCAGCUUAUGUUGCAUGUGUCUUCCCAUGGGUUCAUCCUCAUCGCUCCUCAGUUAUAUAGCAUCGCCGGACCGGACACUAUGGACGAGAUCAAAUCAACGGCGGAGACUAUUGACUGGUUGUCCGUCGGACUUAACCACUUUCUUCCACCACAAGUAACCCCAAACCUAUCAAAAUUCACACUCUCCGGCCAUAGCCGCGGCGGCAAAACCGCGUUCGCAGUCGCCUUAAAGAAAUGCGGAUACUCCUCGGAUCUAAAGAUCUCAACAUUGAUCGGCAUAGACCCGGUCGAUGGAACAGCCAAAGGGAAACAAACCCCUCCUCCGGUUUUAACCUACGAACCAAACUCAUUUGACCUAGACAAAACGCCUGUACUUGUGAUCGGUUCGGGGCUCGGCGAAACCGCCCGGAACCCUUUCUUCCCGCCGUGCGCGCCUCCCGGAGUGAACCACCGCGAGUUCUUUCGAGAAUGUCAAGGUCCAGCGUGGCAUCUUGUCGCCAAGGAUUAUGGGCAUUGUGACAUGCUUGAUGAUGAUACAAAAGGGAUUAGAGGGAAGGGUUCUUAUUGUUUGUGUAAGAAUGGUGAAGCAAGAAAACCAAUGAGGAGAUUUGUUGGUGGAAUCGUUGUUGCGUUUUUGAUGGCUUAUUUGGAAGGAGAUGAUUCUGAAUUGGUUAAGAUCAAAGAUGGGUGUCAUGAGGGUGUUCCUGUCGAAAUUCAAGAGCUUGAAGUUAUUAUGUAA